AUGUCAUUGAACGUUGCACUCAACAGCAGCAGGUUUUCGCUGAAAGGGAAACGAAUUUGAUAAUGAACAUUUUAUCCGGGCCCCGAGAAACAUCCAAUUCUUGACUUUACAGGUUGUGUGUUGUGUAAGUGCGCCACCGUUUGAAGAUGCUCCAGUCUGUUGCUAGUAGUUCGUGCGUGCGGCUCAUCCAGAGCCACAAAUCGACGUGGUAUUUUGUGAUUCUGCUGCUGGGCUACAUCCUUUAUCUCAUCUUCGGGGCCGUCGUCUUCUCGGCCGUCGAGCUGCCUUACGAGGACGCCCUUCGCCAGAAGCUGACGGCCAUGAAAGCGCAGUUCCUCCGCGACAACGCGUGCAUCACCGAGGAGAGCCUGGAGCGCUUUCUCAGGGAAGCCCUCGAAGCGAGCAAUUACGGCGUCUCCAUCCUCAACAACACCGACGCUAACAGGAACUGGGACUUCACCUCUGCGCUCUUCUUUGCCAGCACCGUACUCUCCACCACGGGUUAUGGCCACACAGCACCACUGUCAGAAGGCGGCAAGGCUUUCUGCAUCGUCUACUCUGUGUUGGGCAUCCCAUUUACCCUCCUCUUCCUCACCGCUGUGGUGCAAAGGAUUAUGGUGUACAGCACAAGGAGGCCCAUCUCGUACAUCCACACACGAUGGGGCCUGUCCAAACCUCUGGUGGCCAUCGUCCACUCCUGUCUUCUGGGUUUGUUGGCCGUCUCUUGCUUCUUCCUCGUCCCCGCGGCCAUCUUCUCAGCAAUAGAGGACAACUGGAACUUCUUGGAGUCUUUCUACUUCUGCUUCAUCUCUCUCAGCACUGUCGGAUUGGGAGAUUAUGUGCCAGGCGAGGCGGCUAACCAGAGGUUCAGGGAGCUCUACAAGCUGGGAAUUACUAUUUACUUGAUCCUGGGUCUGAUCGUGAUGCUGGUGGUCCUGGAGACCUUCUGCGAGCUGCAGCAGCUGAAGCAGCUGAGGAAGAUGUUCUACCUGAAAAAGGAGAAGGCGCAGGACCGCGUGUCCAUCCUGGAGCACGACCACCUGUCCUUCACCCCCGCGCCAGGCAGGGUGCCCAGCGACGACAAGGCCCAUAUGCUAUUUAGCGUUUCAACUCUGUCCUCUCGCAGCGACGAGCUCAUGAUCCAGUAACGUCUGACUGAGACAAUUUCAAGAAAUCCCAAAUCUCUGCUGUAGUUCAAGCUGGUGAGAGCAAAGCUUCUUUGUGAGCUGAGUUAUUUCAAGCAUAUGUUGAAACAUUUUAGAAUUUCAUCUUAAAAUCGUACUGGUAAGCACAACCUCCUCACAGUUCUGAAGACUCGGGUUGAAAUCUGGCCUGGCCUGUGUGGAGUACAUGUUCUCCCCGUGCAUGCAUGGGUUUUCUCUGGUGUCCUGCCACAUCCCCAAAACAUGCGUUGUAGGUUAAGUGAAGACUCUAAAUUGUUCAUAGGUGUGAAUGUGAAUGGAGUGAUUGCUUGUCUUAGUGUGCCCUGCGAUUGGCUGCCCCUCACCCAGAGUUAACUGAGAUAGGCGCCAGCACACCCACGACCUUAGUGAGGAUAAGCGACACGGAAAAUGGAUGGAUGGAUGUUACAAUCAAGGUACAGGUCUGGAGAAAUGAUAAUUCUCUUCAAAAAUUGUAGGUAGUGUUAUUUCUGUGGCCAUCUCUUCAAGGUGUACAUUUCAGGCUCUUCAGAAACAGUUACAGUAUGAUGAUAAUACAGAUUGUUGGUGACAGUUGCUCUUUAAAGGUUUUAUGGCUUCUGCUACUUUAGUUGCAUAGUUAAACAGGGUUCACAAGGCAGUUUAUCAUAGUCAAAAUGCAUAAUUUAACUAAUAUUUUAGUUAUAUCAUGUUAUGUGGCUAAUUGGUUUUAAGAGACUGACAGAAAUUUUAAGAACAGUGGUUCUAUGUCGGUACUUCUUCAUCAUUAAUGAAAAUGUGAAGUUUCCUCAUUGUCCUACAUUUCAUCCAUUUCAUUUCAAUUUUUUAUCCUCUUGACAUAUGUAUUAGAGUGUUCAUGGCUUAUUUAUGUUUUCAGUGUGUGAUUAUACACCGCUCUAAUUGAUUGCCUCGUCUGAUAAAAUGUGUCCAAUGUGCACACAUGGUAUGAGAAAAGGGAUGUGAAGAUUACCUCUGACUGCAGGGAGCUGGGAGCUACAUUUGCACAUUUCCAGGAAGUAGCCAGUUUGAAAUAUCUCAUCUGUAUUGCAAAAGAAGUUGAAGAGGUAAACAAGCGUAACGUUAGUUAGAUUGUAAAUGAAAAGACCCUAACCAAAACCAACCAAUUUUCUAUUACAAAAGACCAAUGUGAUUUUUUUUUAAUUGAUUCCUAGCAGGAAGAAAAUACAAAGGUAAAUAUAUUGAUAUUUAUCAAUAUGUUUUGUCAAUGCUUUUUGCUAUAGCUUAACGUGAUGAUGUGUUUUACGACUUGGCUAUCUUAGUUCCGCUGAGGUCAGUAGGGUCAUGUCGAUAGUAAAGUUUGUAUUUAUUUGAUACAUUUUUGAAAAAAAAAAACAUUUAAUUGUGAACUGUUUUGUUAUGUCUGCUGGGGCGAAUUAGACCUCUAAUGUUGUUUUCGUCAUUGCUGUAAGAUUUUUCAAUGGUCAGUAGAUGCAUUGAGUGAAUAUAUUUGUGAUCAGGUUUACGAAUGUAACUAAUUCACUGAUGCUGACCAAAAAAGAAAAAGAAAGAGGGCAAAUGUGAUAGUUCUAUGCAGAAAACGUGUCAUGUCAUGUCAUGUUCAUGUCGUCUCAUCAUGCGAAUAUGGAAACUGCUUCAGUGUAAGAACAAAUUCAUAAACUGUUUGACAUUUGUGUCAGUGAAAUAAAG